CGACGAAUCACGCCACUGGAAAAUUACAACGAGGCCACAAAAAGUCCCUUUACUAAUUUGCCAACAGCCACCAUUUUGGGAGUCAGAAUUGUAUUGGAAAACCACCACCCUUUGGGCCUUAUUAUGGUACACACGUGCGUGGUGGCUGGCUGUCGGAAUAGAAGAAUACCAGGCACAUCAUUGUCUUUUUACCGUUUCCCACGCGAUCCCGACAGAAAGCAGCGUUGGAUAGCUGCUGUGAACCGAGAAGGCUGGCUGCCAAACGACGGGAGCAGGUUGUGUAGUACUCAUUUCAUCUCAGGUAAACAGGUGAAGAAUCCACGCUCGCCGGACUAUGUUCCCUCUGUAUUUACAUCAGCUCCCCUAUCCCCGGAGUCAGAAAUUAAGGAAGAGACUGCUGCCUUUGAAAUCUCAGACAAGCAGGAAGCCCAAGUGGAGGCUGCCAACGCCUUGCUCUUCCUGCAGGGCCAGGGCAGGUCUGUGGUCGACCAGAGGCCGAGCCAGGUGGACCAUGACGUGGCCCAGAGUGCAUCCUCAUCCUCUAGCAGUGACAAUGGUGAGGAAUCUGAACUCGUGUCAAGCGACAGCAAAGACAGGGGAGGGAAGCCAGGCAAAAGGUCAGCCGCAGAGCCCGACAACUAUGAGGAUGUGCUGAAGAUCUUGAAGAAGGAGAACCGGGCUCUCCGGGAGUCUGUGGAUAAAAUGUCACUCUCAGAGACCUCAUUCCGGAACGACCCAGAGAAGGUCAGGUUUUACACUGGCUUGCCCAACUACUUUGUAUUUGAGACAGUCAUGUGGCUCCUUGCACCACACAUGAACGGGACCAAGAACAUGGUCAAGCUCUCCAUGUUUCAGCAGCUGCUGCUGACACUAAUGCGUCUCCGGCUUGACCUCAAGAACCAGGACUUGGCCUACCGCUUCGGCGUGAAGGUUGGCACAGUGACCAGGACAGUGCUCAGAAUGGUUAACGUCAUGUCCACCACACUGGUACCCACGGCUGUCUUCUGGCCCUCCAGGGCUGAGCUCCGCAAGAACCUCCCGGCAGCUCUCCACUCGACGUACCCUGACUGUGCCGUGAUCAUAGACUGCUUCAGGGUGACCCUGGAGAAACCCGGGUCAGAAGUAAACUUGUUGUGUCAGGGGGCGUCAGCAGGGAGCAACACUCUGAAAUACAUGAUAGGCAUGGCCCCGCAGGGCGUGGUCACUUUCGUCUCCAGGGGGUCGCCGGGGAGUGUCAGCGACAAGAGCCUGGCAGAGGGGUGUGGCUUCCUGGGCAAGCUCCUUCCAGGAGACGUGGUCCUGGCUGAUAAGGAUUUGGACAUUGGUGAGUCGGUGGCGGCUCAUGGUGCCCUGCUGAAAAUCACUGGCUGCGAUGGCGGAGAGGGGUCUGAAGGGAGCGACUGUGUCUCGCUGACAGACAUUUCCCCAGAGAGGCUGAGUGUGCGGAGGCAUGUGGAGAGGGUUGUGUCCAUGGUGAAACUAAGGUACUCCAUGCUGACUGGCCCAGUGGAGGUCCCCUUCACGGCCGCUGAGCGGUCAUCCAAAAUUUUCACUUUUGAUAAGAUUGUGCAGGUUGCCUGUGCCUUAAACAACCUGUGUAUAUCUGCUGCACCCCUAGAGUGACUCACACUAGUGCUGCUCCAUACGAGCAUUGAUAGCCACUUUAAUGCUUGAACACUUAAAGAAUCUAUAUUUUGGAUGUAAAUGGCAUGUUGAGAAGUGCCCAGACACAUUUCUUGCAAAACUUACCCCAACCAGCGAUAGACGUUCUCAUGCUCAUUCUGCAGUGCCAGUGCGUGAAAAGCCCCAAAAUCACCCAAAUAUGUCCUUUUACUUGUUUUGUAAUUUAUGUACUUCAGAACUUUAUCCGCAACAUUUAAUUCUGUUUUGUACGGCACAAGAGAUACUUCUGUGUGUGCAUGUGAUGGCUAACAUGGAGCAGCCAGGUGGAUAGGUUUACCACAUCCUAUGGAAUACAACGUUGUGGUUAAAGUUUGAAAUGACACAAUUGAAUGUGUACAACAUCUAAAGACCUGCAUCUGAAUGCAUUUGUUGCUUUUAUCCACACACUGGCACUGCAGAACGAAUAUGAGGUAGGUUAUCACUGGUUGGGGUAAGGUCCUCAAAAACAAGUGUCUGGGCAUUUGGCCAUAUGCAUCCAAAAUAUAGAUUUAGUUUAAAAAAAAGUGAACUUUUUCUUCAAACAUCCUUAGCUCCAUUCUACAAUUCCACUCGUAGAUGCUGGAGAGGGGAACUUUUUAUUUGUAUUUUUUCAACAGAUAACUUUCAGAGGGAUAUUUGAUGGAUCCAUUUAUCACAAUAUUUUCACUAUUACUAUUUUUGCCCCUCUGGAUGUAACUGAGUGAGAAUUUGAAUUACUGAGCUCAUCAGCAUUUUUUAAAUGUGGAUAUAUUUCAAAUGACAUUCCAACAGUUCCAAGUAUUCUAUGAUUGAAUGUACAUUGUGUUUUUCGACCAUUACUUGGUUCUCAGAGACAUUUGCGUUACUUUACAAUGGAUCGAACAGUAGCCUACCGUUUUCCUCAGGUGUUAGUGUUUAGUUUGAAAUGCUGGUACUGCUGUAACAAAACAGAUGUUUUUACAUGACACAAUGCCUUCCAUUUCAUAUGAAUAACCACGUUUCCAUCCAUAGUUUUUAUGCGAGUAAAGUCAUAAUGUCUAAAAAAAUUCAUGACAGUUUUGAUGGAACGGGAAGUUUCGGUACAAUUUUUAUAAAUGCUGACAGAUAAUUUGUUAGUUCGACAUGGUGGGAUCUUUUAGUGUCAGUAAAAUUUAUUAUUUGAGAAAUCGCGGCGAAAUGACGCCUUUGUGCUCAAAUAUUGAUAUAAUAAACAUCAAAUUGAAGUAAA